GUGUGUGUGUGUGUGUGUCUUCAUGGCUGUCCGAGGAACCGUUCCUCCACCGGAUUAUUACCCGUUUGAUAUCGCACUCUCAGCUCAGCCUCCUGAAGAUCUGCAAGGCUUUUACAAGGGAACCCAACACAUGUUGAGCAGAUCAGGCUCGCAUUAUGGCCUGGCAGGAGGGGUCAGGAGCGCUUGGGAUCAAGGACAAGCUCGAGCGAACACUCCCGGCCCUAUUCCCGGUCCUCCUCCUCCUCCUCCUCCUCCCUCGGCUCAUGAGAUCAGCCGCUUGUACAGGGAUUCUCUCUCCAUCAAGAUGAUCCCAGACACUCAGCGUAUCCGCAGCAGAGCCGCUUCUCCCGCUUGCUUCGGCCUCGACUCCCGGUAUCCGUCCGAGCACGUUUACGGAGAGGUGAACGGUUUCCCCGUGGAGUCGUCCACUUGUAUAGUUGUGGAUCCCAUGGAUGGGAAUCUUCCUCGGGGAACACAGGUGUACGGUUCUGUCGCUUCCCAAAGAAUGCCUUACGACCCUGCGUACGAUCCGGGAUCCUCGAUGUUGCCGGCCGCUCCGAUUCCGCUUUCAACCGGGCAUCAUCCGCCAGGAUCCGAUCCGAAGCGAAACGUGGAUCCGGGAUUUCUCUCUCUCCUCCGUUCCGAGGGUCUAUCAGAAAGCACUAUAACUCUUCUCCUCCAGCAUGGAUUUGACUCGAGCUCAAUGCUCACAAUGAUGGAAGAUCACGAUAUCCGCUCCGUCGCUCCUAAUCUGGGACAAGCACGUGUGUUGUCCCGCUUAGUGAUCAAUUGUAAGUCGGGCGCGACCGGAACGACAUCCGUCCGAGGGCGAUCCAACAGCUUCAGCCAUCGAAGUGAUCUUUACAUGCAACCUCAAGCGCUCAACAUGGACUCGCAUCUCAUCCAACAACCUCCCAGCGCAAUGCAAUCCGUUUCUCCCAGAAUGGGAGAGUUUUUAGGACGUCGACCGAGCAGCGCUCCAUCCCAACAUCUCCUGGAAACCUCGACAUAUCAAACCGGGCGGACAAUGGGAGGUCUCCCGAUCAAUCCGGGUGGAUUCACCACUUCUCAUCCUCAAUCCCGACCGCUGUCCAUGUUUAACGCUCACACCGGUCUGGCCAUGUCGGCUCUUCCCGCUCAACAGCAGAAUCCGAGCGCCCCGGGAAUGGCUCCCAAAACCUUCUCGAGCCCGUACUCUCCCAUGGAGCUGAUGAAGCGCCCUCCGAACCUCCCUCUCUCUCCGGCUCUCAGUCCUCAUCACAGUCCUCAGUUAAUGCGGAAGGGAGUCGCUCCGGUGGACAGUAACGCUCUCCCGGCGUCCUCUUCCCACCAGCAUCAAUCCGCUAAUCCCAACAACAAACUGACCCGCCGGACCGGACCGCCCGUCAUCGUGUCCACCAUGGCGUCUCCCGACACAAGUAUCCGGCCUCAGAUGGUGAACGGCCCGAAUCACCCCCGGCCUCUCGUGGCGCUGCUGGACGGCCGCGACUGUACGGUGGAGAUGCCGAUCCUCAAAGACCUGGCCACUGUAGCCUUCUGUGACGCGCAGACCACACAGGAGAUCCACGAGAAGGUGUUGAACGAGGCUGUCGGCGCUCUGAUGUAUCACAGCAUCACACUGACACGAGAAGAUCUGGAGAAGUUUAAAGCCCUCAGAAUCAUCAUCCGCAUCGGCAGCGGAUACGACAACAUCGACAUUAAAGCAGCCGGAGAGAUGGGUAUCGCGGUGUGUAACAUCCCCUCAGCUGCAGUGGAGGAGACGGCGGACUCGACUCUGUGUCACGUGUUGAAUCUGUACCGCAGGAACACGUGGCUCUAUCAGGCGCUGCGCGAGGGGACGCGUGUACAGAGCGUCGAGCAGAUCCGGGAAGUGGCGUCAGGAGCCGCUCGCAUCCGCGGGGAGACACUCGGACUCAUCGGCUUCGGUCGUUCGGGGCAGGCCGUCGCCGUCAGGGCGAAAGUCUUCGGCUUCAACGUGAUCUUCUACGACCCAUACCUGCAGGACGGGCUGGAGCGAUCGCUGGGCGUCCAGCGGGUUUACACACUUCAGGACCUGCUUUACCAGAGCGACUGUGUGUCGCUGCACUGCAACCUGAACGAACACAACCAUCACCUCAUCAAUGACUUCACCAUCAAACAGAUGCGUCAGGGAGCGUUCCUGGUAAACACGGCGCGAGGCGGUCUGGUGGACGAGAAAGCUCUCUCUCAGGCGCUGAAGGAGGGCCGGAUUCGUGGAGCGGCUCUCGAUGUUCACGAGACCGAACCCUUCAGUUUUGCGCAGGGUCCUUUGAAAGACGCCCCUAAUCUGAUCUGCACGCCACACACAGCCUGGUACAGCGAACAAGCGUCUCUAGAGAUGAGGGAAGCGGCAGCGACAGAGAUACGCAGAGCCAUCACAGGUCGUAUUCCAGACAGUCUGAGGAACUGCGUUAAUAAGGAGUUCUUCGUGUCCUCUGGUUCCUGGGGAUUGAUGGAGCAACAGGUUCAUCCGGAGCUCAACGGCGCCACAUACAGUCACGUCAACCAAUCACUGCACGCCAUCACGGCUGGCUCCGCCCCCCAAGACAAAAUCAAUGCCUAAACCAAGAGCAGGUUCCCAUCAGGACCGGUCGGAGCGUCAGCUGGGAUCUUCCCGGCGGGUUUGGUGCCAGUGACCCAUUCAAUGCCCGCGGGGAACCACCCGUCACAGACACCGUCCCCAAACCAGCGGGAGAGCAGAGAACACCUGACUGAGCAAUAGCAUCACACACACACACACACACACAUGCACACACACACACACACACACAC